CUGCAGGCCCCCACCCCCGCCAGGGGACUGGCGGAGCGGGCCUUCUCCCGGUCUCUAGUAGUUUCCGCGCCGCUGACGCAUGCCUGCGCGCACAGCUGGGCCGGGCGCGUCCUACGCAGCAGCCGCGAGCCGGGCUGCGGGUGCCAGACGGUUCCCGGCGGGGGGCAGGGGCGGGGCGCCGCAAGAGGCCGGGACUCCCGGCGGAGGAGCCCCAAGGAGGCCCGCUUGACGAUUGACCAGUUGCCAUGGCAUCCUACUACGAGAUCCUAGACGUGCCGCGAAGUGCGUCUGCUGAUGACAUCAAGAAGGCGUAUCGGCGCAAGGCUCUCCAGUGGCACCCAGACAAAAACCCAGAUAAUAAAGAAUUUGCUGAGAAGAAAUUUAAGGAGGUGGCGGAGGCAUAUGAAGUGCUGUCUGACAAGCACAAGCGGGAGAUUUACGACCGCUAUGGCCGGGAAGGGCUGACGGGGACAGGAACUGGCCCAUCUCGGGCAGAAGCUGGCAGUGGUGGGCCUGGCUUCACCUUCACCUUCCGAAGCCCCGAGGAGGUUUUCCGGGAAUUCUUCGGGAGCGGAGACCCUUUUGCAGAGCUCUUUGAUGACCUGGGCCCCUUCUCAGAGCUUCAGAACCGGGGUUCCCGACACUCAGGCCCUUUCUUUACCUUCUCUUCCUCCUUCCCUGGGCACUCUGGUAAGUUUUGCCCCUUCCCACUUUUGCAAGCUCCGAUUCCUGGAACCCUUGGACUGAGCUUGUUGCUUUUCCAAGCCUGUCUCCUGUGUUGGGAGCCCUGCCUCCAGCAGCCCUGCGAGGAGGCCUGGCGCCUCGGUGACCACGAUAGGCAGCGCAGUCUUCUUCUAACCACCUCUCCUCCUUCUCCCUUGUCCCGAUGCCAGAUUUCUCCUCCUCAUCUUUCUCCUUCAGUCCCGGGGCUGGUGCUUUUCGCUCUGUUUCUACGUCCACCACCUUUGUCCAAGGACGCCGCAUCACCACACGCAGGUAAGAGCUCCUUCUGGGGCCAUAGAGGUGUAAGAGGUCUGCUGGGUAGCUGUAUUCAAAUAGAAAAUUGGCUCCUUGAGGGCAGGGCCCAGUCUGCACUCUCUACUGCGGUGGCCAGAACUGUGACCAGCACCUGCAGGAGUCCAUCACUGCUCCGUUGCCUGAACUGUGCUAUCUCUCACAGAAUCAUGGAGAACGGGCAGGAGCGGGUGGAAGUGGAGGAGGAUGGGCAGCUGAAGUCAGUCACAAUCAAUGGUGUCCCAGAUGACCUGGCACUGGGCUUGGAGCUUAGCCGUCGCGAGCAGCAGCCGUCAGUCACUUCCAGGUCUGGGGGCACUCAGGUCCAGCAGACCCCUGCCUCAUGUCCCUUGGACAGCGACCUCUCUGAGGAUGAGGACCUGCAGCUGGCCAUGGCCUACAGCCUGUCAGAGAUGGAGGCAGCUGGGAAGAAACCCGCAGGUGGGCGGGAGGCACAGCACCGACGGCAGGGGCGGCCGAAGGCCCAGCACCAAGAUCCAGGCUUGGGAGGGACCCAGGAGGGUGCGAGGGGUGAAGCAACCAAACGCAGCCCAUCCCCAGAGGAGAAGGCCUCUCGUUGCCUCAUCCUCUGACCACCAGGCCCAACCUGACCUGAUCCAGGUCUUGACUGGGGGUCUGGCUCACUGUGGGAAGAGCAGAGGGGAGUAUCCUGAGUUGUAGGAACUGCUUUGCAACUCCAUGCUCCCUCCACGAGUUUCCCUCCCAGGCCCCCCGCACCCCACUGUGGACUUGGGAUUUGCUGUGCUCAGCCCAGGACUGAUAGGUCCCUGGUGAAACCCAGGGUGGGGGGUGUCAGGACAGUGGAAGGGCCCGAGGAGCCAGGUUGCAUUUAUUGGAUGGGGAGCUCCAAGGGGAAUUAGUGGUUUGGGCUGGGCCUUUUGUGCCCAGGUCCUCUGCCACCUGUGUUGCUGAUGGUGUCAAGGAAGGAGGACUUGGCCUAGGGUUGUCUGAGCCGGAGCCGGCAGCUCCACUGGGGAGCAGCGCAGGCGGAGUGGAGCCUCCUGCUCUCCUGGUCCAGCUGCAGACCCCCAACCCUGGUUUCUGUGCCAUGUUGUGCUCUGACUGUCUCUGUUGCUUCUCUUCUGGUGUUGCUUCUCCUCCCUCCCAUUCUCUCUGCAACUCCCUGCGGGCCGCAUCGCUUGCUUUCACUGCCGUCUGGCUAGGACUCCCUUCUUCCUUCCUUCCCCGAGAAGGCCUCAAUGUGGCGAGGAAGAUGCUGGGGCCGGUAGGGCUGUGAGGUCUUCUGGGGAGGCUAGCUGGGUGGGGCGGGAGCCUCUCAGCUGUCCGGAUUCAGAACUGGAGCCCACUCCUCCUCCCUUCUUCCCGUUGCCUCAGCCUGCCCUAACCCUCAGGACUAGGCAGAGGUGAGGCUGACUGACUCUGAAGAGGUGGGAUAGGACCAGGGGGAACCAGGAGGGAGGCCUAGGUGGGAACUGCACCCAUACUGCUUCCCUACCAUACAUCAGGGCUCAGGGAGAGGCCAUGCGGCCAGCCCAGGUCUGCAUGCUGAGCCCCGUCCUCCACAGCUUGCCGCUGAUGCUCUCUCCUGUCACCCCGCCCCCGCUCUCUCCCCAGAUGUGUUCUGAGCUGGAUGCCGGUUCCAGAAUCGCUGCACAGUUCCAACAGGACAGCGCCCUCCCCCAUGUGCUGGGAGGGGACCCUCCAUUUCUCCCCCUCACCCAUGCUGAGUGUAGAGCUGGGGCCUGGGUAGUGGGUGGGGGCCGGGUGGGAGGCGGCAGUAGUCUUAGCCUGUGCACUCUCUUCCUUGGGUGUUUCGUGCUGGCUCCUGGGAACUACAAAUCCCAGAGUGCGGUGCGCCCGGCCUCAUUUCUGAUAGAUCCCGCUUGGGGGAGGUGGUGCGUGGUUACUGAGCUGUGCAUCUUGGGACAUGUAGUUGCCCAGGUCGGCUUGUCACUCGCUGUGAGAUGGGGAGAUUUUGUCUUUUGAUUUAUCCCUGGAGGGCUGGCAGGGUUGUAGAUGAAGGAGGAAUGAUCUGAGCAUUGGUUCCCCUGACACAUCUUGCUAGCCCCAGGGUUAGAGUGGGCAGGGCAGAGCCGUGCAGCACCUGGGAGAGGUUCCUUUCCCAUGGGCAGCCUGGGGUCCCAGGAACAAGCCAGGGCGAGUAGCAUGUCCGCCUGAGCAGAGUGUGGCCCCAGAAAGCUGAGGAGUGUGGGUGGCAGAGAGCUUUGAGGGCAAGGCCACCCGCAGGGGCGUGUGUGUGGCAGGGCUUGGCAUGUGAUGGCAGCUCCAGGCAUGCUGCUGCUUGUAUGGCUUUCUUUGGCCUCUGACCCUGCUGCCCAUUCUUUCCAACAUCACAGAUGAGCCGCCUCUCCUCCUCCCUGCCUGGGGAUCCCGGUGGCCAGGGAGGGGAGUGGUGGAGCUAGCCGCCGUUAACACUGAGCCUCAGAGACGAACCAAAACCAGCUGGGCUGAGCUCAGAUCCAGGGGGAAAUGCUGGAAGUCAAUAAAACUGAGUUUUGAGAGCU